AUGUUAGAAAUCUUGAAAAAGAUGGAGAUAUUUGAUUUUACUAAACCAACGCCCUUAUACGAUGUUAUUUUGAACAUUGAAGAUAAAAGACUUUAUUGCAAUCGUACAAUAUUAGCUAUAUGGAGUCCAGUAUUUGAUACAAUGUUUAAAUCAAAUUUUCGUGAACGAGACUCUCAAGAAAUUAGUUUACCUGGAAAAUCAUGCGAAGAUAUAAAGGAAUUAUUAUCUGUCAUUUAUCCACCAAAUAAAGCAAUUGUUGCAACAAAUUGUCAACGUUUACUUGAAUUAGCCGAUGAAUAUCAAAUGAUUGAAUUAACGAAACGUUGUCAAUCGUAUUUAAUGCAGCAACGUGGUACAAUUGAUAGUUUGUUAUUAGCACAAAAAUAUAAUUUUGAAGAUGUUAUUCGACGUUGUGCCGAUCAUUUAAAACACAAUUUAAAUUUAAACAUGUUAACAAAUCCAAGUGAUCAACGAUUAAAUGAAUUGACAACAAAAACAAUAAAUUUAUUACUAACAGCAAGAAUAAAACAUUUAGAAACGGUUUUGGAUACUUUUAAACGAAAAAUUACAGCGGCUAAUGAAAAAUUUAAUCGAAUCAAAGAUCUUCCAGGCUAUCAUGAUGAUAUUGAUCAUUGUUCGCGACAUGAAUUGUAUCAAGAAGAUUGUUACGAUUGUAUGAGAAUGGUACGAUUAAUAAUUAAAAAGUUAAGUGAAGAGGGGUUUGAGGAAACAGAUUAA